UCAAAGGGACAACAAGUAAAGAAAAACAGUUGCACAUGGGCAAAACAAUAUAACAUAUAUACCUAAUGGAAAGAUCAGAUAAAAUCAAAUUAGAAAAGUUGCUUGGAGAAGGAUCGUUCGGAAUUGUAUAUCAAAUAACAGAUAUUGAAACAAACAAAAAAUUUGCUCUCAAAAGGAUAGACUUUUGUGAUCAAGAAUCAGAAAGGGAACAGGCUAAAAGAGAAGCAGAUUUGUUAUCAAACCUUCGCCAUGACAAUAUCUUACAGUAUGUGGAGUCAUUUGAAGAGGAUGAUAGCUUGUUUAUUGUGACAGAAUACUGUGAACGUGGUGAUCUAGAGACUUACUUGGAAUACAAGUCACGACAAGAGGAAAGGUUACCAGAAAAUAAGAUAGCAAUAUGGAUAUAUCAGAUAGCAAGUGGUUUACAUUAUUUACAUGAAAGAAAGAUAUUACACAGAGAUUUAAAAACAAAGAACAUUUUUAUCAUGACUGACUGGAAUGUUAGAAUUGGUGAUCUAGGUAUAGCAAAAGUGCUGGACCUUGGUCAGAGUAAAGCUAACAGUUUUGUGGGAACACCUGCCUAUAUGUGUCCUGAAUUGUUCGAACAAAAAGCUUAUAACAAUCGUUCUGACAUUUGGAGCUUAGGAUGCUGUGUUUUUGAAAUGAUGGCACUAAAGAAAGCAUUUGAAGGAAAAGCUAUAUUUAAAAUAAUCCACAAUGUGAUAUCAGGGAAGCCUCCUAAGCUGCCUCAAGGGUAUAGCUCAACUCUAGAAGAUCUUGCAUACGCCAUGUUGCAAAAGGAUGACUUUUUAAGACCAACAGCUUUCUACAUCAUGAAUCACCAGUAUGUUCAAAAGAAUUUACUAAAGACAAAUGCAUUUGACAAUUUUGAUGAAGAUUAUGACCAAGAACUUGCCGUUAGAUCAAAGAAAAAGAAAAUCAGAUCACUAGGUAGUUCCGACGGCAGCAGCAGUGGUAGUGGCUCCUCAUUGACUUCAUGGAAAAAUAUCACAAAUCGUAUUCAUGAAAUGGAGGAUGAUAUCAGGAAAUUGAAUGAAAAAAAAGUUCAUGAAUUGGUAAACUCACUAGAGUUAAAUAAAUACCGUCAUUUAAAAAAAAAGCCAAAAAAUCAGAAAAAUGCAAGUGAUACUCUGGUGGAAAAGAACGAGGAUUGUGAUGAAGAAGACUCAGGAACAUUUGUUUAUAGAGGAACACUCAAGAGUGAAAGUGAUUCCGAUGAAGAGGAUCAAGGAACGUUUGUUUACCAUGGGACUAUAAAGCAUUUAAGUGAUUCAGAUGAUGAGGGGACAAUAUUACAUCCUGUGAACAUACAACCCAACAGCAAUGUUAAUGGUAUAAAUUCUAGUCCAGAGAAACUUAAACAUUCUAAUACCGGCAAAAAUCUGAAAGAGGACUUAGUUGCAGCUACUCUUCUUAAUAGAAAGGAAAGUCCGACUGAAGAACAUAGGGGUUUAAGUGGGGAAGAUCUAAAAAAUUUAUUGAAGAAAAAUCCCAAAGAUGCAGCAAAACAAAUUGUUCAGGGACUGAAGAAGACUAUGUCAUUGGAUGAUGAGAAAUCUGAUGGAAUUCUGCAGGACAUACAGAAGGAGGAGGAGAAGCAUUUGAAAAAGAAGAAAGCAGGAUAUUAAAAGAAGGAAGGUAAUAAUAAGA